AUGGCUUUUGGCAUUAAAGGCGGCAACAUGAUGGGGCCUUCCGCUGGCGGAGCGGGAGGAGUGUCGCAGGGCAGUGAUCUCGAGGUCAUCAACACAGAGGGGCUUGGUUUUCUCUCAAUCGCUGGUGACGCCAAAGUUCAACUGACGUCGAAAUGGUCCCCUCCUCCUGCGCCGACGGCGUCGCUCCUCAGCGUUGCCUCCCGCAAGGGCCUAGUUGCUGCUGCCGGCCCCGAUGCCGUCCACGUUGCUACGACCGAGUCGGUACGGAAAGCCUUCGAGGGCGAAAAGAAUGGCGACAGUGAAGUGCGGUCAUUCACUCCCCAGGCCAAGGUGCCGCUUCCGAUCAGAAUCUCCCAGCUCGCUUUCACCGCCGACGAACAGUACCUGAUUCUCUCUGCUGAGACAGGCGGCGGUCUCGCUGUGUACGAUGUUCAGGCGCUCAUUCAGGGGAGCACACAAGCUGCCUUUGAGCUCAGUACAAACAGCGAGACGCUGCGGGCUCUGAUCCCCAAUCCAAUGCCCGAGUCUGCCGGUCUUUGCGCCAUCGUCACAAACAAUGGGAAUCUCUUCAUGGCAAAUUUGGCGGAACGCAAACUGGUGUCCGGACCAAAUGGGCCAUCUCUACGCUCACAAGUUAGCUGCGCAGCAUGGAGCACGAAGGGCAAACAGUUGGUGGCAGGCAUGGCGGACGGCUCAAUCUACCAAAUGACGCCCGAUGGUGUCGAGAAAGCUCACAUACCAAAACCGCCGAAUCUGGGCCACUUUCAUGUUUCUUCGGUUGCAUGGCUGGAGAACCAUGUGUUCCUUACCGUCUAUAGCCCAACAAACAGCCAAGAUCCCUCGGUCUUCCAUAUCAUUACUCGGCAACAGCCACCUGGUGGGACAGCCAGCUUUACCUUCCAGAAGCUCACCGAUCCGGUCGAGCCGUUUGUGUUCGAUAAAGUUCCCCACCAUACUGUGCUGCGGCUUAAGGAUUUCCCUCCGAACCUCCAGGACCUCCUUCUCGUUUCAUCGACUGCGACGGAGAGUGUUGGUCUGUUGACUCGGUCCAAGACCCCCUUGGCAAGCGACAAACCCGCCGAAGCCAUAACCAAUGUCUUCACAAUGACAGAACUAGCGGACGAUUCUAGGCGAGCGCAGCUGCCGAUGGGCGAGGACUUGACCGAGACAUACCCGGUUGGAGCGGCGCUCGACUUGUCCAGCAAGGACAAGGUGUACAGGCCGAUACCGACCGACGAAAUGGAGUUCUCUCCUGGACCUCUACCUGGCUUGUGGGUCCUCAACAACGAGGGCGUCCUGGCGGCGUGGUGGAUCGUUUACAACGAGUCGAUCCGUGGAGGGACAACAUACCCUGGAAUUAUUACCGGCGAUGCUGUCGCUCCAGCUUUCACGACUCCGGCACCGGCCACCUCUGCUCCCGGCGCGUUCGGGUCCCCAGCUAACAAGGCUCCGGCAUUCGGAUCCACAGCUGCCCCAACGCCCGCUUUCGGCGGUGCGUCGACACUCGGGGCGAAGCCAUCACUCUGGUCGACGCCCGCAGGUGCGUCCACAACCCCAGCGUUUGGUUCCAGUUCAUUUGGUAGCAAACCAGCUGCGGCUGCUCCAAGUGCGCCUGCUUUUGGCGCGUCUGCUUUCGGAGGCAAACCAGCGGCUCCUGCCUUUGGCCAAUCUUCGUCAAUCGGCUUGGGAAACAAGGUUUCUCCAUGGGCGGCCGGCUCGACGAGUGCUGCGGCACCGGCAUUUGGCCAAAGUGGGUUCUCAAGCGCCGCACCAAGCCCUGGUAAGAUCUUCGGCAGCAGCGCGUCACCCGCUACCGGUGGGUUUGCAACUUUUGCCAGCAAGGGUGGCUUUGCAGGGCUGGGUGGUGCCACUGGUGGCACGAGUAUCUUUGGGUCCAAGCCUGGCGGUGCCUUGACUUCGAGUGCACCCGAGGUCUCUAUGGACACCGACACAGCCUUCCCGCCUCCAGCUGCCAAAGCGGACAAGCCUGCGCUUGGCAGCUCGUCCUUCGUUCUUGGAACGACGUUUAAGGCAGAUAAGUCGACGGCCAAUGAUAACGAGAAGCCGAAAGAAGGUGCAAGCAAGUCCUUGUUUGGCAGCGGAUUCGGGCUCUCGCUGGAGGAUGCCGCCAAGCAGCCGGCAGCAGCCCCUGAAUCGAAAGAUGAGGACAUGGAUGCCACUACACCACCUCUCUCUCAAAAGCCCAAAUCAAUCUUUAGCCACCAAUCCACGACACCCACGAGCACGCCAGCUCCCCAGAAGUUCGACUUCAAGAGUGCAGCACCCGCUGGCGGACUCUUCGGGUCGAAGCUUUCUUCGUCCGGGGGAAUCAGCAACAUUUUUGGGGCCUCUAAGCCGGCCACAUCGAUAUUUGGAACGCCAAAGGUCAAGCAGGAAGAUGAGGGCAAGGCGGAUCUUUCCGAGAUUCCGGAGGCACCUCUCCCGCCUGAUACUACUAGUAAGGCGGCCUAUCAUUUGAGUUCAUCGUCUUCGGGAUCGGAAUACUCACCAACAACAGUCACCACACCACCGGUCAAGGAAGAGGUGGCCCCGCUACCGCCCGACUUCUUGGGUAAGCCCCCGAAGAAGGACGAGUCGGUCAAACCGAAGGCAGAACCCUUGCCAGAGGCCGCACCGCUCCCUUCCGAUUCUAUCCUUGCCAGGACCAAGUCCGAGGAAAAGGAGUCGAAAUCCCCGACUGCCGAGGAAGCACCAUUACCACCAGAUUUUCUCGGCAAGCCGCCGUCAAAGCAACCGGCCACCUUGCCUGCUGUACCUGACAGCGCCGAUGAAGAGGGCCUUUCAGAGGAGGGGGGCGAGGAAGAGGAGGAAGAGGAGGAAGAGGAGGAAGAGGAGGAAGAGGAGGAAGAGGAGGAAGAGGAGGAAGAGGAGGAAGAGGAGGAGGGAGAAGAGAGGGACGAAGGCGAGUAUGAGUCGGAAGCUGCAAGCGAAGGAAGCGGCAUUGAUGUUGCCAAGGAUCUCAGUCCAACCACCGGAUUUGGACCCGGAAUUACACCCCAGAGCUCAUUUGGCGGGAUGGGUGGGAGCACGUUCUCGGCCAUUUCUCGCACCGAUGCCGAGCAGCCGCGGCCGUUGUUUGGUGAGAUCACCAAAAAUGUGCCGCCUCUGUUCCCGAAGGCAGCGCCCAUUCCCCAGAGCCCUCGUUCGCCCAGCCCGGUACGAGGCAACCGAAGCAGCCUUUUUAGACCUAGCGAACCCGGCCGGUCUUUCAGCGCUCCAGGGGUAGCUACACAUAUUCUGGCCAGGAAGGCAGCGUCCCAACCAUCAACAGCCCUUGGAUUCAGCACUGGUCAACGCCCUCAAGUGGACCCCAACGUGCAAGCGCAGCGGAAGCUUGCAGAGAAAGCGCGGGCUGAGGAGCAUCUGCUCGUCGACCCAGAAGAUGAAGGCAUCCAGCAGAUUCUGCAUUCGGAGCUCGAGCCGACCCUGCAGAUGCAUGAAUUCCUAGCGGUCGAAUCAAAGCUCGAGACGGCGGCGCCAGGACGGGAUGAAGUUCCCGGCGCAUGCGAGACAUUAUGGAGGGAUAUCAACCGCAUGAUAGACAGGCUGGGCCUCAACUCGCGAUCACUGCAGUCGUUCAUCCUCGGCCACACGACGCAGUUCAAGCAGGGCGGCCGGCACAAGGAAGACCUUGAGAACCCCGAUGAUUGGGUCCUAAUCGAGGCAGAAGAGCUCGGCGCCAUUCUCGACGACGAACUAGCACCGAAGCUCGCAGCAGGCCGCAUCCAAGACCGCGAGGGCCUCGAAGACUCCAUCAGGAGCUUUGCCAAAGAGUUGGCCAAGCUCCGCGCAAAGGAGGAAGACAUGCGCAAGAUUAUCACCUCACACACCGACCCCUAUCAAAUUUCCGUCACCAAAUCCCUGCCCCUCAGCGCGGAGCAGGUAACGCAGCAAAACGAGCUCCGCCGCUCCUACGCCGCCUUCUCCAAGCUCCUCGCCGAAACGGAAGAGGCACUGACCCUACUCAAAGCAAAGAUCGCCUCGGUGGGCGCAGCCACCGGCAAGGGCCCCGUGCCCACCGUUGACGCCAUUAUCCGCACCAUCAACAAGAUGACCAGCAUGGCCGAGAAGCGCAGCGGCGACAUCGACGUGCUCGAGAGCCAGAUGCGCCGCCUCCGGCUGGGUUCCGCCGGGCCCGCCAAUAACGGCACCCCGGGGCCGCGCAGCCGCGAGGGUUCGCCGUUCGUGGCCGGCACGCCCCAGAGGAGGUCGAUCAUGACGCCUGAUAGGGACAGGCUCCUGCGGGAAUCCUCGGUCGCGUCGUCUAGGGCAGCAGGCACGCCUUCGCCUAGGAAGCGAUUAAGUAUGUACAGCGAGGAGGAGAAGAGGGAGUUGAAGUCGAGGGAGGCUAAGAGGAAGGGCGCGUUGGAGAUGCUGAGGCAGAGUUUGGCGAGGGCGGGCCCGAAUGUUUCGCGGUUGAGGGAUGAUGAGUGAGCGAGGGAGGACAUGAUUGGGUGAGCGUGUUACCUGCCGGUUUGGUUGAGAUUGGGAAUCGACCCUAGACUGUCUAGUCUGGAGAUGUGUG